GGGCACAAACCGGCCAAACGUCUGCCACUUGUCGAACUAGUCAGUCGACGGUCGCGCCACGGCAGCGGACGCAACACGCGCGAAGCGUCUUCAAACUUUCGAAACUUUUAAAAAAAAUGCAAUAUAUUGCCAGCCAGUGUUAAAAAAGUUCUGAGUUUAAAUGUGGCAUGUGAAUUUAGUGCCAAAUUAAAAGUGAUCGUAGUUUGUCUUUGGCUGAUUAAAAGUAAGAAAAUAAACAAUGUUUUUAAAAUGACAAGAAGGACACUGAUUUCGCCGCGGAAAUUCCACCGAACUCCUUCGAACUCGCGACCGGACUACAGAGGUCUAUAAAUAGAAUCGACUUUAUUUAUAAAAUUGGAAUGCAGAUUAUGAGAUUGACCUGCUUUCUCAGAAGAUAAAGGAAAAUUAAAAAUAUACAGUUUUGACUCAACUUCAAGGUUAAUGUACAAAUUAAAGUGACACUUAUAAUACUCAUGUUAAUAGUACAAUAAUUAAUAAAAUAGUUACUCAACUCUCCGCCAACUCGGUAUUCCCUGAUUGACUAACUCAAGCAAGAGCCUAGUUAUUGCGUGACCGAGGCACUGAUUCAACUCUACAAUCUGCCAGACUCGUUAAUAACGCGUUAACUCAACAAAACAAUAAUUAUACUCAUUUCCGUGUCAUUGUGAUCUCAACCAAGAAUCCAAAAAAUUGGUUUAGCAAUCAACAAGCGUAACGGACUGGCCGAUGAUAAACUUAAAAAAAAGUUUAUGACAUUGACAAUAAACUAAAAACUCUUGAAAAAAAAACAAAAAUGUACAUAAAACUGACAUUAUUUUUGGCGGUAACUUCGAUAGCCAAGUGUUGGACUUUAUCAGUAUCAGACGGAAAAGUUUUAUGUGACCGAGACACCAGUGUGGACAUAUCGCAAGGAGUAAAAGUUGACAACGGAAUUUUGUACAAAGGUGUGAAAUAUGGAAAAGGAGAAUACUACUUUGACAGCGAGACCCAGACUCACCGGGGGUGUAUUUGUAAGAAGAAGACUUGUGUCCAGAAAUGUUGCCCCUUCGGUUUCGGGUACGACCCUGGGUUGAAGAACUGCACCCCUUAUACUGAAGUGUUUGACCCCCCCAUUUGGGAUGAAUACCACGUGAUGGAGGGGGUUCACGCGCUGCAGACGUUCCACUUACUGUUCGAUGUGAUCGAGUGCAUGAAGUUCAACAGAUCCGAUAUGAUUCGACUCCGAGUGUCCAAGCUCACUGAUAACUUCCACAUUCGGAAGGAUGGUAAACUCCACAUCGAGUCUCCUGAAGACGUCCCCCCGUGGACCCUGCGCACCCCGGACAAGUACUGUGUGGACACGUUUGUAUUGGAGGAGGAGGAUGGAGUCAGCUCGCGGCUGGACGCGCUGGUGUGCUUCUCCACGGACGCCGAGGACCCGCACAACUACCUGCUGAGUGCUGCUUGCAUGCUGAUCUCCUGUGUGUUCAUCCUGGCGACUCUAGCGGUGUAUGCGUGGCUGCCCGAGCUACGGAACCUGUAUGGCAAGGUGCUGAUGGCGUACCUCUCCUGCCUCCUCCUCGCCUUCCUGCUGCUGGGCAGCAUGCAGGUGCUGGUGUACGUGGACAACAUCAACACGAACAUGUGUCUUGUACUCACAUUCUUCAUCUACUUCUCGAUGCUCUCUGCAUUCUUCUGGUUGAACGUCAUGUGCUUCGAUAUCUACUGGACUUUCAGCGGCAAGCGCGGCCUCUCCCUAGAGAAGCUGUCCAACCGCGGCCGGUUCCUCGCGUACUCCACUUACGCGUUUGGAGUCCCCUCCGUGCUGACGGCGCUGCUCAUCGGCCUCGAGUUCUCCGGGAUGCCUGUCCACCCGCUCAUGCCGGCGCUGAGGCACCAUGGCUGCUUUAUACAUGGCAACAGAAAGCUCCUGUACCUCUACGGGCCAAUCCUCCUGCUGUCACUAGCAAACAUCGCCUUCUUCACUCUGACCACCAUCCGCAUCGCCGGCAUCAACCGGCAGACCUCAGUGCUUCAGAACAAGGAGAGCGCGACUCACGACCACCAGCGGAAGGAUAAACAGAGGUUGCUCCUCUACGUGAAGCUAUUCUCCGUGAUGGGCGUGAGCUGGAUCCUGGAGGUGUUCUCUGCUCUCUACCCCGAGGCUCAGCUGUUCUGGCAGUUCACCGACUCCUACAACGCGCUCAUCGGAGUCAGCAUCUUCGUGGUCUUCGUCUGCAAACGCAAGAUCUUCAGGCUCAUUAAGAAAAGGAUAAGAGAAAGAUUUCAUAAAGAAACAGAAGAACCUGCAGGCACAACAAGGGUUAAUUUAAACAUUAUAAAUGUACCGAGGGACCUCACUUAUUUGAAGAACUAUCAACCAGAAAGAAACGGAAGUCUGGAUACAAUCAAGACCACGCUUGAAACAGAAACUGAUAGUAAAAGAUCGUCUAAAACAUCGAAUUUGUGCGAUGAAAUAGUGGCGGAGACUGUUAUUCACGAAGAUAACUAAAUUAAUAUGC